AUGCCACUCCCCUUGAAACCCGAGGUCGAGGAUCGUUAUAUCUUUUGCAAGACAGAAGUCCACGCGGAUACCCGUACCUUCCUUAAUCAUUACCUUCUGCGACACGUUGACAUAGACAUACAAAGUGUGAUAAACGGCCGCGAAUCUAACAAAUCUCUAAUGCGCGUAAUCACCCGUAUGAGUAGGUGGAUCGACACGAGGCGGCCUCGACACCUAACAACCGAGCAACGAGCAUCGAUCUAUGAACAUCCCGAGUAUGUUAAAGCGGUCCGACGAUUGGAAGAGCAAACUGAAAUUUAUAUCUAUGACCUAAGUAAACAAAUACGAUCGCGACGUAAUACUCUAGCACGCGAUAAGCUCAACAUGUUUAGCCGGCUAGAGAGGGCGUUAAUACAGGCGAACAUAGACAUUAAGCGACAGCUCUCUAGAGCGGCUAUCGACGACGAGGAAGCUAAGGACUCACUACGAAUAGAUAGUAUGUUGCUAGAGUAG